AGAGCUUCCGGUGUGUUGCCGCGGGAUCGGAACGUAGGGCGAGACGCUUUCCUGGAAGACAAGGAAGAAGAGUUUUCCAUUUGGUCAGCCACUACUGGCCCCUUGGCUGCCAUGCAGAUGGAUCCUGAGCUAGCCAAGCUCCUCUUUUUUGAAGGGGCCACUGUGGUCAUCCUGAAUAUGCCCAAAGGAACAGAAUUUGGCAUUGAUUACAACUCCUGGGAGGUGGGGCCCAAGUUCCGCGGUGUGAAGAUGAUCCCUCCAGGCAUCCAUUUCCUCCACUACAGCUCUGUGGACAAGGCCAAUCCCAGGGAGGUGGGCCCUCGAACAGGCUUCUUCCUUAACCUGCAGCAGCGGGAGCUGACAGUCCUGCACUGGAACGCGGUCCGAGAAGAGAUAGACCUGUCCCCAGUCCCAGAAUCUGAAGUGAAAGCCAUGAGAGCCAAUCUCCAGGAGCUGGACCAGUUCCUGGGACCUUACCCAUAUGCCACACUCAAGAAGUGGAUCUCACUAACCAACUUCAUCAGUGAGGCCACAGUAGAGAGGCUACAGCCUGAGAGCCGGCAGAUUUGUGCCUUCUCAGAUGUGCUACCUGUGCUCUCCAUGAAGCACACCAAGGACCGGGCAGGGCAGAAUCUACCCCGCUGUGGCACUGAGUGCAAAAGUUACCAAGAGGGCCUGGCCCGGCUGCCUGAGAUGAAGCCCAGAGCUGGAACAGAGAUUCGCUUUUCAGAACUGCCUACACAGAUGUUCCCAGCAGGUGCCACACCUGCAGAGAUAACCAGACACAGCAUGGACCUGAGCUAUGCCCUGGAGACUGUGCUCAGCAAGCAGUUCCCCAGCAGCCCUCAGGAUGUGCUUGGUGAACUCCAGUUUGCCUUUGUAUGCUUCCUGCUGGGGAAUGUGUACGAGGCAUUUGAGCACUGGAAGCGGCUCCUGAACCUCCUGUGCCGGUCAGAAGCAGCCAUGGUGAAGCACCACACCCUUUACAGCAACCUCAUCUCCCUCCUGUACCACCAGCUUGGUGAGAUCCCUGCCGAUUUCUUCGUAGACAUUGUUUCCCAAAACAACUUCCUCACCAGCACCUUACAGGUUUUCUUUUCCUCCGCCUGCAGCAUUGCCGUGGAUGCCACCCUGAGGAAGAAAGCUGAAAAAUUUCAAGCUCACCUAACCAAGAAGUUCCGAUGGGACUUUGCUGCGGAGCCUGAGGACUGUGCUCCUGUUGUGGUGGAACUCCCUGAGGGCAUUGAGACUGGCUAACUCUGGAAUACUCUCAGCCGUGAGAGGCCCCUUCCCAAAUGCAUCCCUGGCCCUCCAUUUUCCCCUAUCCUUGGACCUUCCAGGGAAGCAGUCUCACCAGGCUCUGUAAAACUGGAGCCAGGAUUCCCUCCACCAGUAAAUAAGUUUCUUCAUUGCCAAAGAAGCUGUUCCCAUCCUGAAGGCACAUUUGUGGGUUCCCUGUCAUCUUGCCCUGGUGCUAACCUGACUGAAUUUCAGAUGCGCUCUU